CUCAAGAUGGCUGCCCGGUCAUGACAACACAGGCGGGAACGUGACCCUUCCUGGUCGCUUGCAGCCUAUAGGACAUUGUGAGUGAAGAUUCUGGAGAGCGGCGGGUACCGUACAAACACCGGAGGGGGAGAAGAAGUGAGUGCGCGGUGCGGCCGGAAUGAACCACAAGAGUAAGAAACGAAUCAAGGAGGCGAAGCGCAGUGCCAGGCCCGAGCUGAAAGACUCCCAGGACUGGUGCCGACAUAACUACUGCGAGCAAUUCCGACUGAGCCAUAGCAGCGUGCUGGUGAGGCGCAGGGUGUGAUUGGGCCGGUAGUGAUAUAGAGUGAGACAGAUAAUGGAGGAGGCACUCCGUGUCAGAGUUUGGGGAUGCAAUGUAUCAGGGGGUCAGAGUUUGGGGAUUUAAUGUAACAGGGGGUCAGAGUUUGGGGAUUCAGUGUAUCGGGGGUCAGAGUUUGGGGAUUCACCGUAUCAGGGGGUCAGAGUUUGGGGAUUCACUGUAUCCAUGGGUCCGAGUUUGGGGAUGCAAUGUAUCAGGGGGUCAGAGUUUGGGGAUUCACUGUAUCAAGGGGUCAGAGUUUGGGGAUUCACUGUAUCAGGGGGUCAGAGUUUGGGGAUUCACUGUAUCAGGGGGGUCAGAGUUUGGGGAUUCACUGUAUCAGGGGGGUCAGAGUUUGGGGAUUCACUGUAUCAGGGGUCAGAGUUUGGGAUUCACUGUAUCAGGGGGUCAGAGUUUGAGAUUCACUGUAUCAGGGGUCAGAAAUUCACUGUAUCAGGGGGUCAGAGAUUUGGGGAUUCACUGUAUCAGGGGUCAGAGUUUGGGGAUUCACUGUAUCAGGGGUCAGGAUUUGGGGAUUCACUGUAUCAGGGGUCAGAGUUUGGGGAUUCACUGUAUCGGGGGUCAGAGUUUGGGCAUUCACUGUAUCGGGGGUCAGAGUUUGGGCAUUCACUGUAUCAGGGGUCAGAGUUUGGGCAUUCACUGUAUCAGGGAGUCAGAGUUUGGGGAUGCAGUGUAUCAGGGGGCUCAGAGUUUGGGGAUGCAGUGUAUCAGGGGGGUCAGAGUUUGGGGAUGCAGUGUAUCAGGGGGGUCAGAGUUUGGGGAUGCAGUGUAUCAGAGCAUCAUUUGGUGUUCCCAGGCAACCAGAGCUUUCAGAUCAACCAAUAUGAGCUCAACCUUUAUAUUUAAAAUAAAUAAAAUAAGUACAGUAACUCAAGUGUAAUGAAUGAAAUGGUUUGAAAACUUGUAAGAGAUUUCUCACCAUUUUCUCACUAUAGCUUUAACCCCUUAAGGACCAAACUUCUGGAAUAAAAGGAAAUCGUCGUGUGUCCUUAAGGUGUUAAACACAUUACCAAGUACUUACCCCUCUUAAAUAAAACCUCCACAAAUGAUAAAAAUAUUGAAGAAACUGAUGUAUCAGAUUGUAGGUUCUGAAAGUUUAGGGUAUUGGUGUAGGCUAGGGUGUCUCUGUAUUGGAUUUUAGGGUAUUAGAGGUUUGUUUAGACUUAUCGGUUUAAAACCUUAUAUUUAGUACCACAGUUUAUAGGGUAUCCUAUUUUGGUCCUCCAUGUGCUCGUUCCCAGGGUGUCACGGUUUAGGAUAGUGAUAGUGAACUUUUUUUGAACCAGUGCCUAAACUGAAUCAGAAAACCAGCUUAUUUAUUUCAAAGUGCCAACACUGCAUUAAAACCUAAAAACGUAACACUUUUUUAAAAAUAUGUUUCGAAAACCACUUCAUACAACUGUCUAAAAUAAUAAACCAUUUGUUUGUUUUUUUCCUUAGGAGGAAAACACUAUUAAAGAGAUUUUUAAUGUUAGUUUUUUUUUAUUGAACAAGCUUGACUACCAACGCUAAUAAAUAAUAAUUAAAAAAAAUUUUUAUAAUAAAAAAGUUAUAUUUACUUAAAAGUGAAUUGGUAAAGGAAUUGCAAAAUGUAGUCUAAAAUAGCUGAAGUGAGAAAAGAAAAAUUCCCAAAUUCAACAAAUUGUUUACCCCUCCCUAAACAACUGCCUUAGCCUUCUGUAAUUCCUUGGCUACGUCACAUUUAAGUGAAUAGAUCUGUAAAUCUGCUACUUAUAACUAUCAGAGUGCACAGUAACUGACAUGAGUCAAAUGUAUUAAACUCUGUACAUAGAAAAUGAAUCGGCAUACGUGCAAUUUUCUCCUCCCUAGAGCAAAUGAUGUGAAAGGUCCCCUCACUCACAUGAGCAGUCACGUCUGCCAGACAACUGCUGCAUACUCUGCCCUCUGAAGUUCGCAAACGCUGGUUUAGGGUAUUGGGAGUUUAUGUUGUCAGUGUAUCAGUAUUUAGGAUAUAUGUUUAGGAUUGUUUUACAGUUUUAGACACAAAUAUGCUAGUGCCCAGAGCUUUCAGAUCAACCAAUACGAGUUCAACCUUUUUAUAAAAAAAAAAAAAUUGCAAUAAAAUAAGUACAAUAGCUCAAUUGCGAUGAAUGAAAUGGUUUGAAAACUUACAAGUAGUCUUACAUAGUCUUACAAGCUGUGUUACUUAGUAUUUGUGCAAGAUUUGACCGGUUUCUCACUAUAGUUUUGAACACGUUACCAAGUACAUACCCCUCUUAAAUAAAACGGCCACAAAUUAUGAAAAUGUUGAAGAAACUGAUGUAUCAAUCUCAGUAUAGUAAAAUUUAAUUUAUUUUUACACAUGGUGUUAAGCUAGUAAAAAAAAAUAAAAAAUAGAGAAUACACACUAGCAAGCCUACGGUAUGACCGUCUUCUAUAGUGACAUGUGUCUUUAAAUAUAUUUUACCUGUGAUGGAAAAAAAAAAAGUGACAAUAGCUAUGCAACUCAAGGCUUGACAAUAUAGCACAGUUAGAAGUGUUUUCCACCUCUCACACACUACAUCUGCUGGGUAUCCAGAACACAUAGUGUGUUACUAUAGCACACACAUGCCAUUUAGCACUUUACAUCUUCAACACACACUUAAAGGGUUACUUCAACCACCAUGACCACAUCAGUGAUUGGAAGUAGUCCUGGUGGUAGGUGUCAGUAUGUGCAGUGUUUCAGCUUGAAAUACUGCACAUACUGAGAUAUUUGUAAUUGUGUACUGGGGAUUAGGUGCUCGUGCUGGCAAUGUCAAUUCUGUGCAUAAAAUACACAGAGCGCCUGCAGGGGAAGCUAGCCCUUCCCUCCCAUCCUCCUCUCUCUGUUGCACAUUUGUUUUAAAAAUAAUUUCUCCACUCAUUUUCUCCCUUCGCUGGCCUGGAGCAUGCAUACGCUCCGAGCCAGCAAAAUGUUCCAACCACAGCCUUAUCUGUGAGAAGCCUGUGAUUGGACCUUGCAUGGCUCCAGUUAUGUCAGGAGGCGGCGCAGAAGCUAAGUAAAACAGGUUAUACUAACAGUUGAUAGCGGAGACUUUCCCCAUGGUUCCCAAUAAGGCAUAUUACACUGGAAAGGUCCCCUCUUUUUAAUAGGUUAUAGUAACCCUUUCAUCUACCUCUUCCAGUAGUAGUACUUUGCAGAUGCCACUCAAGGUGAAUGACUGGGUGGCAUUACCAGUAAGUGUGGGCAGCCCAUGUAUGCAUUAUGCUGCAUUUCCCUGUGGGGGAAAAACACUCCUAUCUCAAAGCAUCAUCCAGGUGCAAUGUACCAAUUUUAUUUGUCUCCAUAGUCAACUCAACAUAAUGAUAAGAAGCUUAAGACACAUGUAUUAUAGGUGGAGGUUAUCCGUGCUUUGGUAUAGUCAUUAAACCACAGAGGUGGAGGAUAUCCGUGCCUCGGCAGUCAGUAAACUGUGCCCUCUGUGAUGUAAGAUGCCAGGGAAUAAGGGAUAAUGGGUCAUAGUGUUAGGGAGUAACAUCUCGGGUUUCCAUCUAAGGUUUCUGGGGCUGCUAACUAUGCCUGUGAUGGUAUGCUUUUGCUGUCAGCUUGGUACCUCACCUUGUAUUGCGGUCCUCGGAGGCUGUAUUAGUCUCUUGGGAUGGGUGCUGCGGUACCUUACUCAGGUGCGGUGUUGACUUUUCAGUGAAGUCGGUAAGUGACAGCUCUUUGUUGGCCCUGGAUUUGUCUGUGGGUGUCUUUGAGUCUGGCUGCUUUCUCCUCUGGAUUCUUUGUUAACAGUCUCAUACUGCCUCAGUUUGUGGAGGAAUUACUCCUGGUCGUCCAUGGAGGUCAGGGUGAGCACCUGAUUUCCCAGUGGCACUAUGAGGGAUCUGUCUUCCCCCCCACCUGUAUCUUAUUUUAUCUUCUCCUAGCUUUUUGGCCACUGGUGCCAGCUGUCUCCGUUCUGUCAGGGCUGUGAACGGAAGGUCCCCAUAAAAUGUCAAUGUGCUGCCCACCAGCUGCAUGCUGCCCAGUAUCCAGGAUCAGGCCAUGAAAGCAGAGCGGGUUGGUAUGUCUUUUGUGACCGCUAUCACAUCUCUGGGAGCUUCCGCUGGUGCUGUUGCAGCUUUGCGGAUCCGAAACGCGGUGAGUAUUCUGUCGAGCUCUGGAAUCCCCCCGACUCCCAUUCUUGCUAUUAGGCUGGAUAUGUACUGCAGCAGGGUGUCAUCCCCCACGGUCUCUGGUAUGCCUCGGAUGCGGAUGAUCCGCCUCCUAUGUCGGGCUUCUAGCGUUGUAACCGUCCGCGUGAGCUUCUGGACCUGCGAACAAAGGUCCUGCACUGUGCCACUUGAGGCCUGUUGUUGGGCGUCUCUGGUGCUCUCCCUGGCCUCCACCUCAGUGAGCCUCUUUUUGAUGUCACCCACCUCUUUCUUUGUGGACCGCAGGUCCGCCCUCCACACCUCCCGCAUUUCUUCUAGGAGGUCUGUAAUGUUCUUCUUCGUUACAGGGGAUGAGUCUUCCUCCGAUUCAGAUGUUUGGAAGUGGGCCCCAUCUUCUGCCUGAUGCGAGGUAUGGCUGUCUCUGUCCUCGUGUGAGUCAUCUGAGGCUUCCUCCUCGCUGGGCGCCAUCUUGGCUGGUGCUGGCGGACCAGGCCUCGUGAAGGAGAGCCUUAUGUUGGGCAUAUUAGGUGGCUCUGGCGGACGGUACUUCUUGUUUUUUCUCCCCAUUUUUGUCUCUGUGUUGGGGGGUUCGUUUGCUGCCGGUUGAGGGUCCGGUUUGCGGGUUUUAGUCUUAUUUUAGGUCUCUGGUACGGAGCUUCACAGGGACGCGUCCGUCCGGUUAGCUAGUCGGCCACGCCCCCCGAGACACAUGUAUUAUAGAAUUAAAACACAAUUACACUUUAUAUCUUUUUUGCUGAUAGUGUUCAAAUUCCCCUUGUGAAACCUUUUACCAUUCUCUGUUUCUAUCACCCACCUCUUCAGUAAAAUUGUCCUCACAGUGGGAAAAGAUAUUUAUUUGUUCUUGAAGUCUAUAAAAUGGAGGCUGUCAGUUGUAAGGGUUUUAAUUUUUUUAAAGAGUUUUCUAGUGUAAAAUGUCUGCUACCAUGGUGGUGUCAUUAAAGGGAGAUGAAGAACUGAUGAAUAUUUACCGAAAGCUCUCAAUUUUCUGGAAAUUGGACAUAUUCAACAGCUGGCAUAAUAAAUGUGUACAUAAAUUCUCAAAUGAGACUGCAGUAAAAUGUGGAGGCUGUAAUGGGCAGAUGACAGAAAAACAAAAACAAACACAUUUUUGCUUAUAACAAUGUUUACGCUGACAGAGGGGAUCUAAGUAGGGUUUUGAUUUAUACCUGGGCCUCCCUGGAUUUAACCCUGCUUAUGUCAGUGUGGGGACACUAAAUAUGGCCUUAAACUCCCUGGAUUUAACCCCACUCAAACCAAAACAUUAGGACGUGUCAAUAAGAGCUAACUUUUUUUUAAAGCCCAGGCUUUCUAGGACGUAAUUCAUGUCCUUCAGAGAUUAAAGUGAAUUUUAAACCAAUACAGUAGCCAAACUGAAAAUGUAACUGGCUUGGAUACAUUUUCCAAUUUUUAUGAGGUAUUUUGACCUAAAAUGUAAGGUUCGUUCCUAAUUCCAAAUAGUUUGCAAAUUGGUAUAUAAUCAUGUAGGAUGGCUUUGAAAAAAUUAGUAAGGCACCUGCACCAAAAUAGAUGUAUAAAGUAUAAACAAUGACCAUAUAUAAAAUUACGCAAACUCAUACAAUAUCUGCUGGAAGAUCAGGUAAUUCUAUAUGUGGGUCAUAAAAAAGGAAUGAAAUAAAACUGUGAAGUUAAAAACAAAAAAAUCUUAGUUAUUGGAGAUCCACUUAAUCUAGACCGAGGUUCUGAUAAUGUUAAAGUGUCACUUUGCAGGUUUGCUUUUACAUUUUUUUUAUUUCUUUUUGUAACUCUCCUUUUUUUUUUAUUUAUAUUAAAUUCACCUUAGUUUUCUAGUUAUGCAUUAUAAAAAGUAGGGACUACUUUUAUUCUCGGGAGGAAUGUGGCAAGUUUGGCAAUUGGCGGAGCAUAAGCAAAGAUAUAUUUUAGUUGCUAAGUUAAUUUACCCACAAUCCAUCUAUCAAAAGAAUCCCACGGGGGGGUACAAAAUGGCGGUACCCAGGUAUUAAAACUCAAAACCAAGAAGAAAUGAUAAAUAAAGGCAAUUGGCCACAAGGAGUGUAUAAUCAUUAAGACACAAGGGGCAUAAGGAAGUUAAAUCUGAAAGAAAAAAAACACGAGAGGGCUGCUUUGAUUUUGUUUGGUUACCCCUAACACAUCAUCGGUGACCUGUAUGAAAAUAUGAGCUACCUGCAGGUUGAGCGUGAUAAUCACAUAGAUACUUAUGGUAUUGCUUGUGAAACCCUGAAACUGUGAGGGGGACAGUUAGGGUAUAACUUUUUUAACCUCUUACUUACAGGAUAAUGUCGAACGAGUGGAUGCUGCAAACCUUACUUUAGAGGAGUUCAUUGAGCGCUUUGAAAAACCAUACAAACCAGUUGUAAUUCAGAAUGCCCAAAGUGGAUGGCCAGCCCAUGAAAAGUGGACAAUAGAACGGCUUAAGCGCAAGUACCGCAACCAGAAGUUCAAGUGUGGAGAGGACAAUGAUGGCUACUCUGUAAAAAUGAAGAUGAAAUACUACAUAGACUACAUGGAGGGGACACGGGAUGAUAGCCCUUUAUACAUUUUUGACAGUAGUUAUGGAGAGCACCCGAAGAGGAAGAAGCUGCUUGAAGAUUAUGAUGUGCCCAAGUACUUUCGCGAUGAUCUUUUCCAGUUUGCUGGUGAGAAACGCAGGCCACCCUACAGGUAUAACUGUUACUGUAUUUGUCGUACCUAAAUCAGUGAUGCUAUCAAUUAAACUAGCAGUGUUGGUAUUGUAAUUGUAACUGUUCACAGUUGUAAUUUAGAAUAUAAUUAACCUUUGCUUCCGUUUGUUUUUCUUAUUUUAUGAAUAUUGAUGUUUUUGUAAGGAAUGAAAAGUUCCAGGUAGAAAAACUUUUUUGGUUUGAGUCCACCACUGCAAUUGCAAAGUUUAUUCAAAUAUUGAGAUGAUUGUGGUAAUCACACUAGACCUAUUACAGCUAUUUUUGGUGGCAUUUUUACUUACAGAUUUAAAUUAUUUAUGACCAUGUUUCCUCUAUGCUUUUUCUAUAGGUGGUUUGUGAUGGGUCCCCCACGCUCGGGAACUGGUAUUCACAUCGAUCCACUAGGCACUAGUGCGUGGAACUCCUUGGUACACGGACACAAACGCUGGUGUCUCUUUCCCACUAAUACCCCACGUGAGUUGAUCAAAGUGACACGGGAGGAGGGUGGUAACCAGCAGGAUGAGGCCAUCACAUGGUUUAAUGUUAUCUACCCACGCUCUUUGCUUCCAACAUGGCCUGCUGAAUUCAAGCCCCUGGAGAUUUUACAGAAGCCAGGAGAGACUGUGUUUGUUCCAGGUAAACGAGAAUCUCCAGCCCCAUGAAAAGGCGCAUAUAUACAAACUUUUUAUUUUUUUUUUUUUUUGUGUGUGUGUGUGUGUAUAGACACUGUCAUCAAAAAGCUAAAUGUAUUUAUUCAUUUAACAUCACUAAUCUUUUACAUGUUUUAUCUUCUGAAAAUUAAUUUCCAGAUAUGAGUUUAGAAUAAUAAAAAGAGUGUAAUGUUUUCAUUUAAGUAAGCUAAGUUUAGUUGGAAUUGCUACUUGAAGAUCUCUCAGUGCACAGGAGACCAUUUUGGAAUUGCAUCAGAAUAUUUAUUCCCAGGUGACAGUUACUCAUUUAGAAAGAGAAAACAAAAGCUGCAGAAAACAUAUCAGAUCAGAAUCUGAUCUGUAAUUUGCAGAGAGCUUACAGUUUUCCACCGUGCAAGAAAUAAGGAAUGAUUCUUUGAGCUGUCUGAGACUCACCCCCACGCCCUGAAGGACAGGAGGAAGUCUGUUUAUUUUUUUUAAAUUGAAAAAAAAAAAGCUUAACAAAUUUUAAAAAGGUUUGAGAACCAGGUAUACAUAUUAUGACGGUACUCAGACAUCUCAUUUUGUUUUUUUUAACAAAUUAUUCACAUUGAUAUAGUGUCACCAUAUUCUGCAGCUCUUUUAAGAUUGUGUUUCUCAUUUCAGAAUACUUCGAACCACCCCCCAAUAACGACAUCUGUCAGGGGUUGACAAAACGAAAUUUUUAAAAUAUUUUAAUUUUUUUUUUUUUUUUUUUAAAUCAUGGGCCUGCUGAGACUAGGGCACCACAGCUGGUGGGCACAAAAACUGCUCAGCCUCUGUAUGUGGAUUUAAGAAGCAGCAAUGUAACCGAACGAGAUUGUGAAGGGCAAUAGUUGGUCAAAAUGGUAGCUGGCGAUACCGUUAUUGCCAACCUUGCUGUGUGUAUGCAAAAUCUUGUACCCUGUUCACCCCCAUGCACACAUAAAAGUAGUGUAGAACAAGAGAGAGAGGUGUUGGGGACAGACCCAUCUGUAAUUUCCUUCCCAUACUUUAAAACAUUCAGUAAGUUAACCUCAAUGAAAAAUGUUAAUUUGUUGCAGUACUAAAGCUCUGUCCUGAGAAAAGUCCCAGUCUGGGACUGAAACGUUGACUAUUGCAUAUAGAUUUAUGCUAUAAUGAAGUUUUAUUUUCCAAAUACCCAAAGUGCUGGUACUAUUGUGUAUUGUUGUAUGAAGUGUUGCUGAGCACAGGACAUUAUCUAUAUAGUAAGGACGGAGUGCAGGACUGAUAUAUAUUUGUGUUUAUUACAUAUACAUAUACUACAAAUGUAUUUAUAACAAAAAUAAUAGUAAAAACUGUUCAUAUUGUUAUCACAUUUUCUUCAAAUCCAUGGCUGCUGUAGUUUCUGCCCUGUUCAUCAAUCAUUAUGAUCCCAAAACAUACUUGGGCAGUGUUGAGCUUAUCCAAUAAAUAUCUGCACAGUAGUUCUUUAUGAGCAAAACAGGAGUUUGUGGUAGUUGUUGUUGUUUAAUUGUCCAUUUUCUACAAAUGCUUCAAUUGCUUUUGUUUUAUCUCAAAUAAUAGUUUGUGUUUAGUUAUUCCACUCAUUGCCUAUGUCGAUUUAUAGCACUAUGUAUGAAAGAUUAGAGUGUUGUCGUAUUCUUGUCUUCUUUUAUAUCUUCAACCUCAUUUACUGAAUUCCUAUGAUUUCUGAUAUUAUAGAAAAAAAAAAAAAAAGUUAGACCCGCACUAUUUUUGUAGACCCAUAUAAUGCAGCAAAUUUAUAAGAUUUAAAGUUACCCUAGAGGUUACUAAUGGCUCUCUGUCUUUAGGUGGUUGGUGGCAUGUUGUAUUGAACCUGGACACCGCCAUUGCUGUUACUCAAAAUUUUGCCAGCUGUACCAACUUUCCUGUUGUUUGGCACAAAACUGUAAGAGGGAGACCAAAGCUUUCAAGAAAAUGGUACAGGUGAGAUGGGGAUAAUUAUGAAUCUUAUAGAGUAGGAUUGGGGGAACAACAUUAAUUGCACUGCGCUAACCUACCCCAAAAGUUUCAGGUGAUCAGUGUUGUACAAGUUGGAUGAGUUUUCUUUGAUAAUGAGGAAGCCUUAAUUCUACAUAAUCAAGAUUUUAUUGUCCCUGGAUGCCAAGAAGAGCCCUGUUUAAUAUUAAGAAACUCUUGAACUUUUUAAUAUUAUAAAACAAGGCAAAGCUAGGCAAUAUGAAAGUAACAUAACUACUACAGCUGACUUGUAGUGGUUAUGUUGUUCAGAGCACCCCUUUGAAUGAUCAAAGUAACCGCUAUAUAGGCUGAAAAAAGACAUGCCUCCACCUAGUUCAGCCUUUCUUCAAAAGAAGGCAAAAAAAAAUCUUAAGUAAUGCCUAGUUUUGUAAUAAACUAGGAAAGAAAUCUUCUUGAACCCAGGAUUGCAGGUCAGAUCUCUUUUAGGAUUCCUUUAGCCAAAAAAAGCUCAAUCAAAAUACAAAAAUAAAAAAAUCUGUGCAGUAGUUGGUCAUUGCCCAACUACCAAAAACUUUGUUUAAUAUAAUUUGACUUUUAUUACGGCAUGUGUAAAACCAUACCAUUCUCCAUCCUUUUCUGGAAUAACUGAUGAAGUUUUAGGGCCUUUACUAUUUAUGAGACAUCACAACUCCAUUAAUUUUUUUUUGCUCCUCACAUUUCCAGGAUUCUGAAACAGGAACGCCCUGAACUAGCUGCCCUGGCAGAUUCGGUAGAUCUACAGGAAUCAACUGGCAUUGCGUCCGAUUCGUCCAGUGAUUCUUCUAGCUCUUCAUCAUCCAGUUCUUCAGAAUCUGGCUCAGAGGUGAGAUUUCAAACAACAAAAUGGUCACUCCAAAUUUACAAAAGAGAAUAUUUUACUCCUGAACCCAACAUCCUUUUUAGGUUUUCAUUUUGCUUAUUCAUAGUUUAUCGAAUUUUUAAUUGAAACCAUGCAUUUGAGAAUACAAUGCAGAAACUGUGCAGGUUAAUACACAAUAACAAUGCUAAACACAGAAUACAAAGAUCCUAAAAUAACAGAACACAUAACCCAUCUACAAUAAAUGCAUCAACACUCCCUUUUAUAGGAGAUUCAUUUGAGAGAAUACUUGGCAGAGAAAGAUAAUGGCCAGUGCCAGCAAGCCAACUUCCAUUUUGGGCUCUGAGGUUAAUUAACUAUGACAGUUCAGUGGUAAAACUAAAUCCUGUGGCAAAUAGAUUGGCACCAAGUGGAAGUAACAUGAUUAUCAGCUCUCAAACAUAGGAUGAGACCUCUAAACGUGUUUCAUUCUAGAUUGAUAUUUGCAGUCUCAUUUUAUGUAAUAUUCCAUGUGAUACAUACAUCUCUUAUUUAUAAUCUUACCAUAAAUGGUCGCCCAAUCUUGGAUGGUAAUGUUUGUCUGGUUCAAUAUAGUGCUGGAAUGAGAACGUGUUUUAUUUUUUUUUUUUUUAUUCUUCAAACUGCUACAAGAAAUGUUUUUUUUGUGUUUGUUUUUUUACUAAAAUGAGACUUCAAACUAAAGUUCACAUUUAGGGCCGGAGUAGCUUUGUGAUUUUUACCACUUAUUCCCUGUAAUCAUUGCUACUGUUUUACUGCAGAAAUUAUUUUUCUUCAUUACGGAACAGAACUUAAGUAGCCAAAACAAAAACAGUCCUUUGUGGGGGGAGGGGGGGCGGGGUGCGGGGGCGUUUCCCUCCAAGAAUAUUGUUUUUUACUUAUGUGAAUUUUGUUAUUCACUGGACUUCCCAGAGAUAUUUUCAUUGUAAUUCUGUCUUGUUUUAGCUGAAGCAUUUUAUUCUCUGUGUUCUGCUGCAAUUAAAUUUCUGUUCUCUGAGAACAUUAUCUGUGCUUCUAUGUGUGCCUUUCAUGAUUCUUCUCUCCUUCCAUUACCGUCUUACUGAUUUGAUAACCUGUGGUCUGAUUUCUCUCCCUCCACUCUGCAAUCUUUUAUAGGAUGACUCUAGCUCUGGAGCAGAAGCAAUGACUCACCGCAAGAAGAAAAGAAGAACGUGCAGUGGGAUGGGAAAUGGAGACAGCUCCACCCAGGAUGACUGCGUGAGCAAAGAGCGUAGCUCUUCCAGGUGACACUAUAGUCACAGCCAGACCAGCGUUGACAUAGAGUUGGUCCUCUGUGUCCAUUAAUGCCAUCCCUAGCCCUCUGUUGCAGUACACCCACAGAGAAGUGUCAGUGGCAAGGUUUUAUAUAACAGUUCUCACACGCAAAGACUUAAAAAAAUAAAAUAAAGCAAAUAUUUUUAGUUCCUACCCUUUCCAUGCCAUGGGUGUGAAAAAUAAUCUGGCUUUUAAAUUAAUUUCAGAUGGUCCUUCCAAUGAUAAUGCUAUGGGUUUGAGAUUCUUAAAUCAUCAGAAGAGCUUCCACAAAUAUUAGGCCUGGAAGGUUUAAUUUAGAGAAAUUAAAUGGUUAUGGAGAAGGCCAUCCCAGGUCCUUGAUAUUACGUUCUCUUGGAUUUAUUUUGACACACUUUUUAAACCGUGGUGGGUUCAAGACUGAAACUGGAAGAUUGAAGAUCAAGAACACCUAAAAAUGUAACUGUGAAUCAUAAUUACCUCCUUUGAUACCAUAGGUUUCUAUUUACACUUAAUUGAAUUCCCUGAUCUGCAUGUUGAACACAGACAUUUGAGAUAACUUUAUUAUCUGCUGCUACAAAACCCCACUGUCAUAAAAAAGAAAACUGCCCACAUGGAAAAAUAUGCACAUCUAGUCAUUUUCAAGUGAAGGUGUAGAUGUAUGCGCAAUUUUCUGCAUAAACCAUUUUCCAUGCGUCCAUUUUUUAUUUUAGAGUGAGCAAUUUUCUGUGUGGGCAUUUUUCUUGUGCAUAUUUGACAGUAGGUUUAUUUCUGUGGGCAAUCAUUGCGCUUCUUUUCAUAGAUUCAAAUCCGUGGUGACAACAUUAACUGUAACAUUGGAGACUCAGAUUGCACUCCAGUUUCUUAAAAGGGAACCAAUUUACCCCUGGAGCAAGGAAAGCUGAGCAUACUAUGUAGAAAGUAAUCACAGCAUUGGUUUUGAUCCAUUUUCAAUCUUCAGUUACGUAUUGGUAACAACUAACCUCAGAGUAAUGUCUAAAUGUAAGCGCUUCAACUGUUGUGAACUACAUUUCCCAAGAUAACUAGCUUAUUCUGUAGAGGUGUUUUUUUUUUUUUUUCUUGUAUAUCUUCAGUCUUCUCCUAUUUUUGUUGACAUUGCAAUGAAAGCAAUGUUUUUUUUCUCAUAUUUUACUCUACAUACUCGCCAGUAGUGAACAAAGAUAUGAUUCGGUUUAGUUGGUAAUGACCACUUUCAUUGUCAUUUCACUGUCACUUGUUUUCAGCAUUUACUCAUGGUGACUUUUUGUAUUGUUUUUUUUUUUCUCCAGCUAUUCUUUCUCUACAUGUUUGACAUAUUUCUUUCUAAAAUGUGCUUCUAUGUUUUUCUCUUCAAUUGUUCCCACAUUUCCAAUUUGGAGCUCCAGUGUACAUUCUCUAGAUUGGCUUUUGUAUAAAGAUAUCUAUUUUAUCUAUCUGGCAUUGUGGUAAAAUAUCAGAAUACUGUUUGGCAUGUUGUUUUAUCAGGUGCACUCUUACAGACUCGUUGACCAGAGGAUUUAUUUUUUACAGGAACACUCCUAGUACUAUAACCACCACCACAGUACUAUAGCACUAGUAGCAGGCGUGACUUGACACAUACCCGGGUAGGUGUUUAGACGAUUUACUGAUAGUUUGAUAAUUCACUUAGAGUACACCGGAAACCAGACCCAGCUCCAGGACAGUCAAAUUUCCUGUAUGGAGUUUCUGUUGGCUCCCAUGAACUAAGCUCUGUAAAGCUGGCUUAUUGACCAAGAGUGUCAGCUGUGUACUCUCAGCCAAUGAACUCAGCGCUGCACUGAUGACUAACUCAAUGCAGAAAGCUUCUGCUUCUCCUGAAGGAGGUGAUUGGUGCCUGGUGGCCCCAGGUAAGGUGUCAAACUGUUUGCCACUUAUUGCUUACACAGGGACGGUGCCAGGGCACACUUGGUAAAAUAACCACAAAAACACAUUAUGGUGCUUACAGUGUUUCUUUAAAAACAGUAUAGAUAGUUUAGAGAGAUGAUCUGUGUGUAAUGUGUUUGUUUCUCUGAAGGAGAAUGCUCUCAUUGUAAGUAAUCGGUCGGUUUUAGAAUGGUGGGACUUCUUGCAUUGCAGGACUUGGCUCAGGAGAAGUAAUGUAAGCUCCUGAUAAGAAGCUUCCAACAUGCUAGAGUAGACAAGGAGCAGUGCCUGGUGGACACAAGCUAAGAAAUCAAACUGUUCUAAAACAAUUUUACUAUUUACAAUGGGAGGCUACCAGAUUACUCCUGGAACCAUAAAAGAACACUACAAAGUGAAAUUGCUGGUUAUGUUGCUAGGAGUCUUCCUUUAAUAUUUCCAAUUAUUUCUUUAAACUAUUAAAUGCUGAUAAACUCCAAUGGACAUCCUUUUUUUUUUUUUUUUUUUUUUUAAAGCACAGAGUCAAAGACAAAAAUAUUCCAGAAGACCUUUUAAAAAUGUAUAUAGCUCUGGAGAAGGUGCUAUUUCAGUACAACCGUUUCAAUAUUAUUUUCCUUACACUGGACCCUGCAGGGUCACUCUGAGUUAAGCUGUAGGAUGUUUUUAAAUAAUUAUCGUGUUUUUUACCAGGGAGUUAUCAUCUCUCUGGUACAUUUGGCUCAUCUAUUUAUUUUUCCCAAAAAGUUAGAGUACAUUCUAGCAAAGAGUUAUGGGAAAUGUAGUCCAGCAGAAGCCGGUACAACUGGAAAUGUCUGUGAUGGUUUUUACUAGAAAUUCUGCAAAACUUGCUUUGUUUGUUCUUUGUUACCCUGGUUAAAAAAAUUAGAAUGGUAAAAAUAUUGUUUUCAAAGGUAGGGCACUAGACUUGAAACUCUUAAAUACUGGUUUAAAAAAUAAAUAGAAUUUGCCAACUUGUACUGAGAACAUGAUGUAAUUCAAUCAGCUAAAUUAUUUUAAUACAUUUUCUAAUCUACUUUUCUACACAGUUAAGUGCUCCCUUUUAAUGGCAUUACUAUUGUGUCUUCUGUAAUAACAUCAGCGCAGUAUGCAGUGUAAUCUACAGUUUAUUAUAUUCUGUUAAUUUAAAACUGAUCUUGUUUCCUUUAUAAUUUGUUUUAAAUAUGUUUUCUAACAAAAAUAAAAUUUG